CUUUUUCUUUCCCAUCCCCAUUUCUUUCGUUCUGUUUCUGGUUACUUCCUCUCGAGCACUGAGCAGUUGUCUUUCUUCCUUGCAAAUCGCAACUGCACUUCUUUCCUCUAUAGAAUACAGCCCCCAGGCAUUUCAGAUGAACCCCGUUUCUAUCAUGGUUACGGUGAACGGCUCAAAUUUGGGGACCACGGAGACGGUGAAUGGCGUCGAAGGCGAGCUCGCAUCUAAGCUUCACUGUCGCCGGAGAGGGGUGGUCCCGCACAGAUCUGGUCUGCCGGUGGCCCGGUUUCAUCUUAAUUCCUGUUGCACUUCGGUGGUCUUUAUUAAUGGCGGGAGAGAAAGAGACAAAUAAAGAAAGAAACCGCUGCCGGGGAUUAGGUGGUUCAAACUUCAAAGGAGUGUUGAGCGUUGGACGCAGGGGCACGGAUUUGGUCACCAACUUGCCGGUGUCAUCUUAUUCACCUGUGGGCUGUGGUGUUCUUCAAUGGCAAAAGACAAAGAUAAAUAGACAAAGAAAAGAAAAGCUGAGCUGCCGUCAUGAAAGCUAAGGGGAUAUCAGCGUUGGUGGGAUCAUAUGGACUUGCAUGUAUUCUUAUUCUGGUAGCACUUAAGUUCCAUUUGAAAAGAAAAAUUGACUUCUGUUGCUUCUUGCUUCUGGUUUGGACCAUGAUCUGGUCAGGCAGUGCUUCCUCCGAGUGUUCCGAAGACAUAGUGAAAUUAUCGAGUUGGGUUAUAAUAGUCUUCCACGCUAUCACACAUUUGUGUGGAAUGAAACAUGUUCAUUAUUGUGGAUGAAUAAAGUUUCAUUGUAAUAGGUCGUGUGGAUUUGUAAUAGAUGGACUUACAUAAUUAAAGGAGUAUUACCAAACACCUAAUAGCUUCUACUAUACCAAAUGCCAAAUACUCCUUUAAUAUUCAAUGUGUUCGGUGACUCUAUAUACAUAUUCAUUGUUAUCAUACAGACUCGGAGAAAUUGGUCAAAACUAUCAACGGCUUUGCUACAAUACCUGAUUAUCUCAAAUCGGCGAUACGGAUCUUAUACUGGCUGAGAACGGCUCACAACCUUUCGAUCUCCUACGUACCGUCCGAGAGAAACGAACAGGGUUGCCCACCAUCUCGCUCAAUUAGGUCUCACCUCAGACAACCUUCAAACAUUUACAGCGGAUGAUCUCCC